AAGAAUGGAACAAUAGAUCUUCUCUCCAUCAACGCCGGAAGUGUCUUCCUCGUACCUCUCAAUGCAGGUGGUGAGACUUUUUACGUUGUCAUCGACACAGGAAGCAGCGACACCUGGCUCGUCAACAGCGAAUUUACUUGCGUGGAUCCAUCAGACUCUGAAGUCAUCGACGAGGCAGAAUGUGCCUUUGGACCCAGCUACUCCGUCACUGCCACCGCUGAGCAGAUCGACAAUCGCAACUUCAACAUCUCGUACGCUGAUGGAGAACGACUCAAUGGCCAGAUGAUUACCGAGGACUUGACAUUUGCUGGCAUCACAGUGGAAAAUCAAACCAUGGGUCUUGUCACUUACGCAGGCUGGUACGGCGAUGGCGCUUCAUCAGGACUGGUUGGAUUGGCCUAUGCAUCCUUGACGAACCAAUAUGGUGGCACCAACCCUAGUGCGGACAUUGCAGGCUUGAAUAUCCCUUACGACCCUCUUCUCACAAACAUGUUCAAGGAGAACCUUACUGCACCUCUCUUCAGCAUUACUCUCGACCGCGAUGUCUCUAGAAGCGCUCAAUCGGCAGGUGGUAUCGUAGCCGUCGGCGGUAUCCCCAAUAUCCCUCAUGGCACCUUCUGGUCUUCGUCGAACAUCACCAUCAUCGGUAUGGAUGCGACAACAGGACAACCCGAGUACCAAUUCUAUGCUAUCAGUGUUGAUGGCUGGGCAGUUAGCAGCAAACAAAACGCGGACUUUGAUGUCAAAAUGACUGGAAAUUCGAGAAAGACCCCUCUGCUGGGUGCACCUACCCGAAAUGUGAUCGUUGACUCUGGAACGAGUCUGAUCUACGCACCCAGUGCAGUUGCCGCAGGACUCGCUGCAGCUUUUAACCCUGCUGCUGCUGUGUCCUCCUCGACUGGGUUAUACCACGUCGCUUGCAAUGUGACCGCUCCUCUUUUCGGAGUAGUGGUGUCGAGUAAAGUUUUCUACGUCAACCCACUUGACUUGAUCAUUGACACCGGAUUGGGCUUCUGCGUCAUGGGUGUGCAGGAUAACAACGGAGGAUUGACCAUCGUGGGAGACGUGUUUAUGCGAAACGUCCUCACUGUUUUCGACGUGGGAGCUGCUCAAGUCCGUUUUUCGGCCAGGCCAUGUCAGUUGACCAAUGGAACGAUUACUACUUAG